AUGUCAGAUCCAGUCUCAUUAUUGCUAAAAGCUGAUAAGAAGUCGUCAGGACAUGGAGGAAUUUUGUCAUUUUUUGGGAAUAAAUAUAGUGAAGCAGCAGAACUAUAUAUUGAAGCAGCUAAUGGAUUUCGGCUAAAAAAAAAGGGGAAGGAGGCCGGGGAAGCACUGGAGAAAGCAGCGUUAAUGCAAUUGAAAAUGGAGGAGAGAGAUGAUGCAGCAAAUACACUUGUAGAGGCAUAUAAGUCGUAUAGAAAGACGGAUCCGAUAGAUGCGGCACGAGUGAUAGAGAGUGCUAUAGAGAUGUUUACAAUUCGCGGGAAUUUUAGAAGAGCAGCGAGUUAUAAAAUGGAUGUAGCAUCGCUUUAUGAAUUAGAAUUAAUGGAUUCACAAAAAGCUCUUGAAAGUUAUGAUGAAGCGGGAGAAUGGUAUUCUAACGAUCAAGCAGAGGCUCUUGCGAAUAAAGCAUUUUUAAAAGUGGGGGAGAUUGCGGCAUUAAAUGAGCAAUAUCCAUUAGCUAUACGAAAAUUCGAAGAUGUUGCUCGAAAAAGUAUAAAUAAUAAUCUUAUGAAAUGGGGAGUGAAAGACUGCCUUUUUAAGGCGGGGUUAUGUCAUCUUAAUUCAGGAGAUAUGGUAGCUACACGAAGGGCUCUUGAACACUAUAUUGAUUUGGAUAUAACGUUUCAAUCAACGCGUGAAUAUAAAUUGUUAGAGGAUAUCUUGGAAGCUAUUGAAUCAGGGGAUUCUGAUUUAUUUACAGAAAAAAUUAGGGAAUAUGAUCAGCUUAGUAAAUUUGAUAAAUGGAAGACGACUCUUCUAUUAAGAAUUAAAAAGUCUAUUAAUGAAGAGCCAGAUUUGACAUAA